CUCCUUUCUUCUGUUCCCAGAGGUUUGUUCUGGUGUUUAUGGCCUUCCUUGGAAACCUGUUUGUGUACACGCUGAGAGUGAACCUCUCUGUGGCCAUCAUGUGCAUGGUGCGCAGCGACGAGGCCCAGUCCAACCUGACACUGUUGGCCAAUGUCACAGCUGCCAAUAUCAGCAGCAGUUCUUGCGGCGAGAGCGCUGGUGAUCGGGCUCGAUUAGUUUCUAAUGAGCGUGCUGAGUUUGACUGGGAUAAGCGCACUAGAUCCGAGCUAUUGGCCAUGUACUUUUACGGAUACAUCUUCUCGCAAAUACCAGGUGGUUGGAUGGCAUCACGAUAUGGAGGGAAGCAACUGUGGAAUGUCUGCAUGUUGAUCAGUGCCAUCUGUGCCAUUGUGACGCCAAUCAGUGCCAGAACUCAUGUGUACUUGGCUUACGCUGUACGGUUCAUUCUUGGUCUUGCUGCGGGUGUUACAUUCCCCUGUGUGCAUGCACUGCUGGGACAAUGGGCGCCGCCUUUUGAAAGGAGUAAAAUGGCAUCAGUGACAUUCGCAGGACCGUUGGUGGGAAACAUCGUCACCUUCUCCAUCUCCGGCGUCUUGUGCGAGUACGGCUUCGACAAUGGCUGGGGAUCCAUAUUUUAUCUAGCGGGUAUUUUCAACUUGUUAUGGGUGGUUGCCUGGCACUUACUUGUCGCUGAUACUCCAGCUAAACAUCCAUGUAUUUCUGCAAAGGAGAGACUCUACAUCCAGACUUCUAUUGGGAAAGGCGUUGCCAAAAAGGUGCGGCGAGUGCCUUGGUUAAAAAUGUUUACAUCUGGACCACUGUGGGCUGUGAUUGCUGGUCAUCUGUGCAAUAACUACGUUAAUUAUACCCUUCUCACUUCGUUGCCAACCUUCAUGAAAGAAAGCCUCAAUUUUGAUAUCAAACAGUCUGUCCAAAAUGGAGGACAAGGCACAGCAAACUGA